AAAGUUCGGCUCCUCUUGUCGCCAAUUCUUCCAUUGUAUUGCAUCAACGCCGUGCGACUUAGCUUUCAAUGUUUGAGAUUACCCGGCGCAAGCUCAAGGCCUUGCUUCGCCGAGUUUUUGUGUUUGUUUAGGGUGCGAGACUGUCUUUCUCGGGGAGGAAUUGCAUGCAUUGCUCUUGAAGAGAUGGUUCGGCACUGUGAGCUUUGCAAGGCAAAGCGUGCUGCCCUGGUCCGGCCCAGAAACCGACAACAGGUUUGUAAAGACUGCUUCUACACUGCUUUUGAGGAGGAGAUCCAUCAAACUAUUGUCGACAACAAACUUUUUAAUCGGGGUGACCGCGUUGCUGUCGCUGCUUCUGGUGGUAAAGAUUCAACAGUGUUAGCACAUGUUUUAACAUUACUGAAUAAGAGACACGACUACGGCCUGGACUUGUUUUUACUAUCGAUUGAUGAAGGUAUUGCUGGAUACAGGGACGACUCCCUUGAGACUGUAAAGCGGAACGAAACACAGUAUGGAAUUCCUUUGGAGGUCGUUUCAUACAAGACACUGUAUAAUUGGACUAUGGAUGAAAUAGUCAAAGAAAUUGGGCUGAAGAACAACUGUACAUUCUGUGGUGUAUUUCGCCGCCAGGCUUUGGAUAGAGGGGCUGCUAAGAUGAAAGCUGUCAAGAUGGCUACUGGUCACAAUGCUGAUGAUGUUGCUGAGACCAUCUUGCUCAACAUUGUUCGUGGUGACAUUGCUAGAUUAGCGAGAUGUACUUCGAUUAUAACUGGAGAAGAAGGUGCUUUGCCACGUUGCAAGCCCUUUAAAUAUACGUACGAGAAGGAGAUUGUAAUGUACGCAUAUUUCAAGAAGCUGGAUUAUUUUUCUACUGAAUGCACUUAUUCUCCAAAUGCUUAUCGAGGGUUCGCACGUGAGUUCAUUAAAGAUCUCGAAGCUAUCAGGCCGCAAGCAAUUCUUGACAUCAUAAGUUCUGGAGAAAGAUUUAGGAUAGAUUCUACGGCUAAGAUGCCAGAACAGGGCUUGUGUGAAAGAUGCGGAUACAUUUCAAGCCAGAAAUGGUGCAAGGCUUGUGUUCUGCUUGAUGGUCUAAAUCGUGGAUUGCCCAAGUUGGGCAUUACUCGAACACGAGGCAAGGGCUUGGCAAAUGGUGUUGAAAAUGCUAGUGGUGGUGGUAAACUAGCUUCCAAGGAUGACCGAAGUCCUUCGAAGGCUAACAUUGACUUUUAAAGUUUUUAGAUAGUUAUCAGAAAUUGAGGAAAAUAUCACAUUUAGGCAAUCUUCUUUACACUGGCAUUUGUAAACUUUUGCUCACACUCAAUUGCA